AUGCCUAUUCUUGACAUCAACAAGGAUUUAUCGGCACUCAUCCGCCAGCAGACGGCGGCCACUCCAGAUGCCAUUGCUCUGCAAGGAAACAGAAUAAACAAUCCUCAGCAGGAAGUAUGGACAUAUGCGGAGCUGGACAACAGAGUCAACCAAGUGGCUACUCGGCUGAUUGCUCAAGGAGUUGGUCGGGAUAGUCUUGUUGGAGUUUUAAUGGGUAGAAGUGCCGACUAUGUAAUAGCAUGUUUGGCAGCCCUCCGAGCUGGAGGUGCAUUCUUGGUUCUGGAGCUCGCAUACCCACCUACCCUUCUAGCUGAUGUUAUUGAGGACGCCAAACCUGCUGUCAUCCUCACACAUCGAGGCCACGCGGGUCAGAUUAAAGCCGACGUUCCUGUCGUCCUAUUGAAUGAGCCCGAAUCAGAAGCAAUCAUCCAGAAAACGAGGCAGAACAGCUUCAGGAAGGUACCUGCGGACGAUGAUCUAGACCGUCUUGCUUUCGUGUGUUAUUCUUCUGGUACCACUGGCCGGCCCAAGGGUAUUCUCAAUCCUCAUAGAGCACCAGUCCGCUCAUAUGAUCUGAGAUUUCGCUUGAGUGAUCUUCAGCCUGGGGAUCGCGUUGCUUGUAAUGUCUACUUCAUCUGGGAAAUCAUACGACCUUUGCUACGAGGAGCAACUGUCGUCGUUGUACCCGAUGAAGCCAGUUAUGAUCCUGUUGCACUUGUCGAAGUGUUGCGCGAGCGACACAUCACCGAAACUCUCAUGACCCCAACUCUUCUCGCUGCGGUUAUGGCUCGUCACUCAAAUCUUGGAGAAGUUCUUCCUGAGUUGCGAACGCUAUGGUUCAAUGGCGAGGUUGUUACGACCGAUCUAGCCCGGCGCGCUAUGAAGGCUUUGCCGAAUACGCGUCUGCUCAAUUGCUACAGUGCCAGCGAGUCUCAUGAGAUUGCAUGCGGAGAUAUUCGUGAAAUAGUCGACGACGAUGUACCAUAUUGUCCUGUUGGUCCUCCAGUGGAUCCCGAACAUACCUACAUCAUCGGUGAAGAUGGACAAAGACUACCGACCGGUUCCAGUGGUGAGCUUUAUAUCGGCGGAGACCUGUUGGCACGAGGAUAUCUCAAUCUCCCUGAAGUCACGGCCAAAUCAUUUCUUCCAGAUCCAUUUGAUCCUACCCCAGGAGCGCGUAUGUAUAAGACCGGAGAUCUCGCAAGGUUGCUUCCCUCUGGUUGUUUGGAAAUCACUGGUCGUGUGGGUUCUAUGAUUAAGGUCCGAGGAUACUCAGUUGUCCCGGGCAAAGUUGAAAAUGCGAUUGUUAAACACCUCGCAGUUCAGAGAUGUGCUGUUGUUGCGCACGGCGAUGGUCUUGAGCGUCAACUAGUAGCCUAUGUCGUUCGUGACAAGGAUGAGCCAGGAGAUCGUACACCACUCACUAUCGACGAAUCUGGAUAUGCUCCAGCUUGUCGCAAGGCGCUAUUAUCUAGUCUCGCCCAGUAUAUGAUCCCAGCUCUGUGGGUUGAGAUGGACGAAUUACCCACUCACGCGGUGUCGGGAAAGACUGACCUGAAGCGUUUGCCACCACCCAAGGCUGCGACAUCGCGUGCACCCACAUCCGCAGGCGGCGAUUCAACUUACAACAUCGAAGCAAUCAAACAGCAAUGGGCUGCGGCUUUAAAGAUUCCAGCCGCGGCAGUAACGGAGGAGCAUACUUUUUUCGACCUUGGUGGACACUCAUUGACACUUGCGCGCCUUGCCUCUAGUUUAUCGAAAACUUACGACCUUCCUAUCAAAGUAGCCAAUCUUGUCGGUAAUCCAACGCUUGAAGGACAUCUUGAAGCUCUUCAAUCGGCACGUGAUGGACACUUCGCUGCUGUGGAAGCAGAUCUUCCUGCUGUUCUGAAAGCCGAUGCCAUACUCCCAGAUGCCAUUAAGCCGUCCAACACCAAAUUUUGCCCUCUCGACGAAGCGGAGACCAUUCUUUUGACCGGCACCACUGGCUUCUUGGGCGCUUUCCUAUUGGCCGAUCUUGUGGAAACCACUUCAGCGACUAUUUUGUGUCUUGUUCGUUUCAAUGACCCGUCACGUGAUGACGACUCUGCUGCAAUCGCAAGAAUCAGAAGAAAUUUGCUUGACCUUGGUCUUUGGAAAGAUUCUAUCCUGGAGCGCAUAGAAGUGGUGCCUGGGAAUCUUGCUAAGCCAAAUUUCGGACUGUCACAAUCCGCAUUCACAGAGCUCGCGGACAACGUUCAGGUCAUCAUACAUGCUGCUGCAACUGUCAAUCUUGUAUACCCAUACGCUGCUCUUCAAGCGCCAAAUGUAAUCGGUACCAGAGAAAUAAUUCGCUUAGCAUGUGAAGGUGGCGCGACUCUGCAAUAUGUCUCGACAAAUGGUGUUCUACCACCAUCGAACGAAGGCUGGACAGAGGAUACAAACCUGAACGUCAAGGACGUGGCAGAAAAGCUUGCCGAUGGGUAUGGACAGACAAAAUGGGUCGCUGAGCAACUCGUUUUUGAGGCCGCUCGCAGAGGAUUACCAGUCAAAGUCUCGCGACUUGGCACGAUCAGUGGUCACAGUAGUCUCGGCUCUUCGAACGCUUGGGAUCUUCUCAAUGCGAUCAUUGUGGAAGCCCUGCAUCUUGGCUAUGCUCCUGAUGUUGAGGGGUGGCGCGCAGAGAUGACCCCGGUUGAUUUCGUUAGCAAAGGCAUACUAACCAUUGCCAACAACACGGAAGAUCAGCUCGUAUAUCAUAUUGGUGAUUCAAAUCCAGUUGAUAUGAACGAGGUCUUCGAUACUCUUGCUGGCCUCGGCUAUCCAACAAAGCGAAUCGCUUGGGACGCAUGGGUGCAACUUUGGAACGAAAAACGGAGUACAGCGCCUGGUGGUGAGAGUGCUUUUACCGUUGACAUUCUACGAGGUGGUAUGCCGACAGUAGAAUUCAUGACCGGCAUCAUCGUACUCAAUGACAAGAAGUCAGCACCUGCGCUUAAAGGCCUGGACAGGUCAAAGAUCGACACAAAAUUGCUUGAAAUAUAUUCUCGUCACUGGUACGCACGGGGAUGGCUUCCACGGCCACCUAAACACUCCCAAAACGGCCAAAACGGCAGUCUAUCUUCACGUCUGAAGAAAAAUGGCCCGUUAUCUGGCAAGGUCGCAGUCAUAACAGGAGCAUCCUCAGGAAUAGGCGCCGCCGUCGCAGAAGCACUUGCCCGCGAAGGAGCUCAUAUAGCUCUUGCAGCCCGAAGAACCGACGCCCUGGAUAAAAUCAAAAGCAAGCUUUCUUCCCGUAGCGGUAAGGUUAUCACGCAUCGUACCGACGUCACGAAACGGGCGGACGUAGAAUCACUCAUGCAAACCGCCCGAGAAAAGCUCGGUCCAAUCGACAUCCUCGUCUCCUGCGCCGGCGUCAUGUACUUCACCAUGAUGGCCAACGUCCAAAACGAAGACUGGGACCGCACCGUCGACGUAAAUUGCAAAGGUCUCCUAAACUGCCUCUCCACCACCGUCCCAUCCAUGCUCUCCCAAGGUUCCGGACACAUCAUCGCCAUUUCUUCCGACGCCGGCCGCAAAGUCUUCCCCGGUCUCGGCGUCUACUCUGCGUCUAAAUUUUUCGUCGAAGCGACUCUGCAAGCGCUGAGAGUUGAGACUGCCGGGUCAGGAUUACGGGUCACGUCUGUACAGCCGGGCAAUGUGGCGACGGAUUUGUUGGGCAUGAGUACGGAUGCGGAGGCGCUGAAGAAAUAUGGGGAGCCGAGUGGUGCGAAGGUUUUGGAACCGGAGGAUGUGGCUAGGUGUAUUGUUUAUGCGUUGAGUCAGCCGGAGUAUGUGGCUGUUAAUGAGGUUAUGAUUGAGCCGAGGGAUGAGCCUAUUUAG